UUUAUAUAUCCUCCGAUUUGGUCCUUUCCAAAUCCCCCAAUUUCCCUCACACUCGCUCUCCUCAAUCGUCUUCAUAAAAAAUGGGCAAUGCCACUUCCUGUGCUCCAUCAAUACUCUCAUUAUCGAGCGCGGCUGCCAAGGUCCUCCUCCCCAACGGCCGGCUCCAGCUCCACGUGAGGCCCGUCAAUGUGGGCGAACUGAUGGUCGAGAACUCAGGCUACUUUGUGUGCGAGUCGGGCUCCCUCAAGGUGGGCCACAGGGUGGCGGGCCUCUCCGCAGAUGAGGCCCUCGAGCCCCGCCACUUCUACUUCAUCCUCCCCAUGGACCUCCUCUACUCCGUGCUCACCCACGACGAGAUGAGCGCCCUCAGUUACCGAGCCUCCAAGGCCAUCCGACACGGGGGCUUCAACAGCCUAGGAAAGAUCUUCCCCAUAUGUAUUUUCCCUUCGAAUGACAGCAACAAGAGGUUGGAAUUCGGCGAUGCUUUGUCAGAGAGGGAAGGUUCGGACCCGACCGAGAGGGCGUACUCCAAGCAAAGGUCUUGGAAGCCUGCUCUGGAGACCAUCGUUGAAAGUUAGGAAUUCGAUGAUCGGAUAUAUAAAUUGUUCAUAGAUUUUGGCCAUACUCUCUCUUUUCCAUUCCUCCUCUCAAUUGAGUAUUUUGCAGUCACUAGGAUGAGUUCCUCAAGCCGAUCCGACAUCGAUGUGAUGUCGACAUCUUCUGCUGUUGGAUUCGAUACUUUACUACAGUUAAUCACCAAUACUGAUUGAUUUUAUAGAA